CCUAUUUGGUGUUCUAGACGGUGCUUUUCUAGAGAGAGAGAGAGGGCUACCCAGGCACAGAGUUCUAGAGAGAGAAAGAUGGGGAAGACACCGGUGCGGACGAAGGCAGUGAUCUACGCUCUAUCACCCUUCCAACAAAAGAUGAUGCAGGGGCUAUGGAAGGAUUUGCCUGAGAAGAUCCACAAGAAGGUUUCUGAGAACUGGAUCAGCGCUGCCCUCCUUCUCACUCCACUUGUUGGAACCUACACGUAUGUUCAGAACUACCUGGAGAAGGAGAAGUUGGCACAUAGGUACUGAAUCGUCGGGGUAUCUGGCUGUUACUAAGACAACUCUUUUGUUUUUGGGUGGAAGAAAAAAUGAAUUUUGCUGAACUAUCCAUUUCAGGGACUUUGUAAAUCAUAACUGGGGUUUAUAGACAUGGUUUAAUUUCUUUCAAUUGCUACAAUAAAUUCUGUUCUCCAAUGUCAUCGAAUGAUUAAUGUGCGGUCCUCAUGGAUGUUGUUGUUGCAUGUCUUGGAUUAUAAGAACGAAGGAAAUAUAAUAUUGCUGAAAAUGGCCCAGCAAAAUGACCUGCUUUUGAGGGA